CGAAGAUCUUUCUUCCCCCAAAAGAGGAAGACAACGGCGACGCGGCUGAAAAACCUCAGGGUUCCCCGAUCUUCACUGCAGAAUGGACUUGGCCACCAAAUUUCUUCGCACUGUAACCAGCGCCACCAACAACAACACCCUAAUCAACGUCUGUUUGGUCAUUUCCUUUGGCGCAUUGAGCGCAAGAUCAAUCAAGCAGCAGCGGGAAAUCGAAGCUCUGGAGGCUGAGAAAGAUUCGCUUCUCAAUUCCAAUAAAUCGCUGAAGAAAACCAUGUGGGAUUGGAAGCAACAGCUAUACUCUGAUGCCUCAACAGAUUCCGCUUUGGUACCUCUCGCCAGGAUCAAAGCUAUCUAUGGCGAAGCUCCGGUAUCCCCGUCCGGAGCAGAACAAGCUGCAACCGGAGAUGCAAAUUCACAAGGCUCCAAACUCAUGGUUUAAUCUUAGUUUAUUAGUUAGUUGACUCUAGUUUCUGAAGUUUUGUUCCCAAGUUCAUGUUCAUUUGCCAUUAACCCCUCGAGAAUAAAGCAGCUAUUUAGUACUGUGGUCAAAAGCUCUAAGAUACAAUCUUUUACAUCUAUUUUAUAA